AUGUGCACUGCCAGUGCCAGAGCUCAUCCGCGACGACGACCACACCACAAAGUUGACGACCACCGCGACGACUCGGACAGUAUUGUAUCUCUCUGCUGAACAUCCGUUACCACCUACUGUGAGGCAAAGGACGUUAUACUCAGUAGACCAACAUGGCUCCGUUACCAUACGCAGCGCUCAUCCGCGGGAGCAUUCCAGCCUCGUUCGCAUGGCCUCUCAAGUUCUGCACGGGGACCACGCUGGUUGCAUGGGUACUCUCUGUCAUAACAGGAAAUGUGUCGCAAGUCGACAGGGUGUGGACCUUCCUGCCGACAAUCUACACCGCGUAUUUCGCGUUGCUGCCGCUAUGGCCUCAAGAACCUCCCCUUCUAUUUUGGCCUUACACGCCGGAAACUGUGCAUCCGUUAGUCGGACAGAGGUAUAGCCCUCGGGCAUUGUUGAUGCUGGGCUUGACGUUCCUCUGGACGUGUCGUUUGUCAUACAACACUUGGAGGAGGGGGUUGUUCAAUCUUCAUGAUGAGGACUACCGCUGGCAAAUCGUGCGCGGCAAGAUCCCCAAUUGGCUCUUCCAUAUAUUCAACUUCGUCUUCAUCGCCGUCAUCCAAAAUAUCAUCCUUCUCCUGCUCGGCAUCCCGGCGCACAUAGCUGCGUUCCAGCAGCCGGCCCACCUCAGCACGUCCGAUUACGUGCUCGGCGCGCUCGCUGUAGCCGACCUCGUUAUGGAGUUCGUCGCUGACAAUCAGCAGUACUCCUUCCAGACGUACAAGCACACCGGCGGAUUUGUGACGCGUGGGCUCUGGGCGUGGUCCCGCCACCCGAACUUCUUUUGCGAGCAAACAUUCUGGGUCAUCAUCACGCUCUUCCCUCUGCUCGCGCCAGAGACGCCUAACCUGUCGCUCACGCCGACGUCGAUGACGCCCCUCUGGCCGCUUAUGCCUGCGCUGGUGCUGUGCUCGCUCUUCGUCUCGUCGACGCGUUUCACAGAGAGCAUCUCGCUGUCGAAGUAUCCCGAGGCGUACACAGCGUACCAGUCGCGCGUUUCGAUGUUCGUGCCCUUCUUGACGCCUGUGUGGGGCUUGGUUCUGCAGCUGAGAGGGAAGAAGGCACAAGUGGAUGAGAUGCUGUUCGGGCAGGGUCCCGCGAAGGGAGGAAAGGAUGACUGAGUUUCUGGGACCUGUACGUUUCGGUCGUUCUUUCAGUCAGCUCCGCUGUAUCAUUCCGCUCCAAAGCUCUUGUAACCUUGUCUGUAUGGACUCCCCGUCCUUCCAGUAGCAAAUUGUAUCGCAUUCUUGGGACACGGUCGUACGAUACGUAUUCAAGGCAAUCUCGGAGUCUUCGCGUCCACUAGCCUUGUUUUUUUGCCGACCGCGAAUAAAUGUUUCGUUGGCGCAUGUCCUUCGUGUAUCUGCGCAUGCCUCGUCUAUGUAAGUAGCACACAUUAUGCAUGUUUUUGCGCCUCGGGCAAGGGUUUC